CGACCUCUGCUCCGUAAAGCAACUGAUAAGAUACAGGCAUAUGUUACAGAAACACACACAACAUAAUCUUUCUACAAUUCGAGAAACUUUCACAAAAAACAGCAACAUGAAAAUAUUUAGUUCUAUCUUAAUAUUUUACAUUUUUUUAAAGACAAUUCAUUGUAAACCAAUAUACAAAGACAGGAAACAAUACAGUAAUAAACUUCUUGUUAUUUCCUUUGAUGGAUUUCGUUGGAACUAUGAUCAAGAUGUUGAUACACCAUACCUGGACUUCCUUGCAGAAAUAGGUGUGAAAGCAAAAUAUGUGAGCCCACCAUUUGUAACAAUGACAUCUCCGUCACACUUCACAACAAUCACUGGACGCUGGAUAGAAGAUCAUGGUGUAAUACACAAUCUGAUGUUUAACCCUGACACUCUUCAAAAGCUGACAUAUAAGAAAACACAAAACGUGUCUGAAUGGUGGGAUAACGGAGUAUUACCUCUGUGGAUCACUGCACAAAACCAGGGUUUGAAGGCCGGUUCCUUUCAUUAUCCAGGCGGAGGUGCAAAUUACAGUGGAAAAUCAGUGCAUAAAUUCUUAGUGGAAGCCCCUAAUCAUCCUGAUAGCGAUGAGAAUGAAUGGAGGGAGAACAUAGACAUAGUAAUGAAAUGGCUUACUGAAGAACAUUUAGAUUUCGUAACCCUCUACUAUGGGGAACCAGACAAAGUAGGGCAUUUAGUAGGACCAGAAACUGAACAGAGAAGAAUUAUUAUUAAACAAAUUGAUAGAACUAUAGGAUACCUACUAGACUCAAUUGAAUCUAACAACCUAAAGAAAAAAUUAAAUGUAAUAAUUACAUCAGAUCAUGGAAUGACCACUGUGAAAAAAGACCCUGAUGUAGAAGAAAUUAUGUUGUCUAAAUACAUAAAUUUUAAAGACUUGGUGAAAUUUGAUAUACUGGACUAUGGUGGUUUUGGCAUGAUUUUGCCAAAGGAAGGCAUGGAACAAGAGGUAUAUCAUAAACUUAAGAAUGUACAUCCUCAUUUGAAUGUAUACAGAAAAAAUGAAUUUCCUGAAGAUUUCCAUUAUUCUAAACAUAAUCGAAUAUUACCUAUUUUGGUUUAUGGUGAUCUUGGCUAUAGCGUAAAUGGGAGAGUGAUCUUAUAUGUAAAUAAGGGAGAUCAUGGAUUUGAUAACAAUGAAAUGGAUAUGAAGAUGAUAUUUCGUGCAUUUGGGCCAGAUUUUAAAAAUAAUUAUGUCACUGAACCUUUCGACAGCAUUCACAUAUAUCCUUUGAUGUGCAGACUUCUUGGGGUUAUUCCUGAACCCCACAAUGGGUCUCUUAAAUUUACACAGGAUAUGCUUAUACAUCCUGAAGAUAAUGUUGAAUCUGAACAAGACCAGUUCAAUAACCAGAAAAAUGAAGCUGUCUAUGUUGCUGUCUUGGUGAUGUGCACAGUUUUUGGAAUUAUUUUGCUGAUUUUUAUUUCCUAUGUGCCGUAUACCAUUAUAAAAAGAAAGAAGGGUUGGAACAAAACAGAAAAAGGUGACAAGCAAACAAACGGAAACGAAAAUGAUGGCACACUACCAAUGACAUGGUUUUAAAAAUGAAUUAUUGAUUUGUUACUUUUGUACAGAUUGUACAAGAAAAAAAAACCUUCUAUGAAUAUUGCUCAUGUAUUCGUAUUUAAUCUUAUUUUAAUUUUUUAAAUCUAAUCUAUAGUUGUUGAAAUAUUUUAAAAUACAUUUAUAAGACAUUUAAAUAAAAUCAGCAUAAACUGUCAUGUAUCCAUUGUUGAAUUUCAGGGCUAUUGUUACUCCUAUGUAUUCCUAUGAAUGAGAUUGUGUGGGGGGGGGGACAAAAUG